AUUGUUCUAUUCAACAAAGAUGAUUGCAAACACUUUCAACUGCGCCAGUUUAGUUGAAAGUUGCAACAAAUAUGCUUCGAGAAAUUUUCAAGCAAUUGUAUGUGAGGACGAUUUCAAACAUUUGGAUGAAGCUUAUGUUUCCUUUCUUAUUGGAUCAAAAUCAAUCAAUGCAACUGAAGCUGUCAAGUGCAAAGCUUUGAUUAUAUGGACCAACUUUGAUUUAAAGACUCGGGCAUCGACGUUUGAAGAAUUAUUUGGAAAUCUGGAUUUGGCAAAGAUAUCGAAGAAAUAUCAAAAGUUUUUGGUGGAGAAAGAGCCAUUGGUCUUUGAUUCUGCACGUCACCAUGCAAUACUGAUGAAUACUUUAACUGGUGGACCACGUAUUGUAGCUGAAGAUAUUGACAUCAAAAAUGCUUCUAAGCCAAUUAACGCAAUUGCUGUUUUUAAUAUGAAGUCGAGAUCAAUUCAAGCAUUUCAUCCAAAGAUGAAAACUUGGACGAAACUGCAGAACAUCAGAGUUGACUUUAUGGGCAGACGCUUCACCGCUGUAGUACUCGGUAACAUCAUCUAUGUUCUUGUGUUUAUGGGAACCAAUUAUCAACUUAAUUAUACUGAUACCAAUGCUACAUGGGUUAGACUGGCAGAUCGGAGGUUAACAAAGAAACGUGUGACUGCUGUUGCAUUUGAGGGUUCAAUCUAUGCAUUUGAUGAUUCUGGCAACAACAGUAAAGCAGUUGAAAAAUUUGAUCCAUCUUGUGGAACUUGGUCUCCUGUCACUGAUAGACCUGUGAAAGGAUUUUAUUCAUCAAUAGUUGCUGCAGGUGGCUUCAUUUACUGUAUUGGAGGUCUCAACGAUGGAUACCUAUCCAAUACUAUGAAAUUCAAUUCAUCAGAUUCAACAUGGGCGAAACUUCCUUCAAUGCCGACUGCAAGAAAUGGUGCAGCAGCAGUUGAGCUUAUUGGGAAGAUUUAUGUCGUGGGUGGAUACAACAGUGGCUACUUGGACAUUGUGGAAUGCUUUGAUACAGUUGCUGAAACAUGGACCACUGUUCCCAGAUUAGGCAAUCCAAGAAGAUUUUUUAAAGUCUGUGUUGUUGAAGGAAAGAUAUUUGCUGUUGUAGGGAAUAAUUACAACCAUGCAAUAGAAGAAUAUGAUCCCGCUGUAAAUUCCUGGAAAGUUGUUGAGACAAUGGAUGGGAAAGAGAUUGAGGACUUCGCUUCCAUUGCUUUGAAUGUUUCUUAUAUAAACAGUGAAUGGGUAUCCCAAAUGCAAAUGCUUCCAGUCUGAGGCCUUUUACAAAAAUGAUUGGCAAUCACUUUAAUGUUUGUUUGAGAACUGUUACUGAUUUACCCAUACCACAUGCUUGAUUAAAACAGCAGCUUUUUAUUGUAUAAAUAAUUUUGUAUAUAAACAUAAUAAUUGUAAUUAGUCAUUCCAUUAUGCCAACUUAUUAUGAAUAAUAGAUUACGUUGGUCGAAUACCAGUCUCCGUUGGUUCUGAAAUACCUUGUCUGCAAAAUAAAAGUAAAAUGUGAAUUUCAAAUAUGAUGAAAAAAUAAACGCUCAGUUACUAAACAUUG